AUGACUACGGAGAGUUCGAGCUCGGCCUGGAGCUUGCUGGCCGACGCGGCCUUCGACGACCUCGUGGCCCAGAUUCUCGUGGAGCCGCAGACCGCGCGCGAUGCACCGUUAGUGCGGCGGAGAGACGACGGAUCCACGCUGCUGCACGUGGUGGCUGGCUGGAAGCACUCGGAGCAGAUAGUGCGCGACUUACUCGCCGCCGGGGUGCCGCCCGACGUCCGCGAUGAUUCCGAGUGGACGCCAUUGCUGGAGGCCGCGCAGGAAGGACAGUUUGCAGUGUGUCAAGCGCUGCUGGACGCAGGGGCCAUCCCGGACCUGCCUUGUGGAGACGUGACCCCGCUGCAUGCGGCGGUGGAGGUGGGCAACGAGGAGAUGGUCAGGUGGCUGCUCCGCCAGCCCGGGACGUGGCCGAGGCGCUACGACGGAGACUUCUUCGCCUUCAUGCUGGAGAAGGCCCCCGGCGCAGUGAUCGACUACCUGGACGCGUUCGCGACGGUGCUCAACCACUCGCACAAGGGGUACGAGGCUGUCAAGUACACGGAUCUGAGGGUCAUCUAUGGAGAGCCGACAGUGCCUGUGGGUGAUACGGCGCUGGCGCUGGUGGCCGAGAGCUCUGCGGCCCACGCGAUUCUGUCGCAUCGAUUGAUGCGCAUGAUACUGCACGCGAAGUGGCACAGCUUCGCGCGCGCCAUGUUCCGUCGAGAGCUCGCGGCGUACACGCUGCUGGUGACGAGCUACUUCAUCCCGACGGUGUGGGGCAGCCCGAACUGGAUCCACCUCAACUCGAGCAUGGACAAGAUGGUGGCCGCGCUGCGCUUCGUGUCGUGGCUGCUCAGUAUCUUCCUGCUGCUCCAUGUCGAACGGGCCGAGUGUCGGGGCGAGGGCGCGCGAAGAUACUUUGCGUCCUUCUGGAACUGGAUCGGGGUGCUGGCGUACGGGGCCAUCAUCUGCUCGAUCCCGCUCGAGUUCGUCGCAUUCUCUGACUUGACCCAGCAGGCGCGAAACAGCGUGCUCGCUCUCAUUAUUGUGUGCUUGUGGAUCAACCUGCUGCAGUUCCUGCAGAUGUCCCGGGACAGCGGUCUGAUAAUCGCCAUGAUGGUCCACAUGGUGAAGGAUAUUUAUCGUUUCUUCCUGCUGUAUUCCGUCUUCCUGCUCGGCUUCAGUGGCGCGUUCUACCUUCUGCUGCGCGGAACUGCUGGGUACGAGACGUUCACCAGCUCUUUCAUUACGGUUUACCUCAUGCUCUACGGCCAGCUCACAUACGACAACUUUAAGCAGGCCACCGGGUACACCUGGUACACGAGCAAUUUUCUGCUGCUGGUUCACCUGUUGAGCGCUGUCGUGGUGCUGCUCAACAUCCUCAUCGCCAUGAUGGCCACGACGUACGCCGAGGUGUGGGAUGCGGCCGAGGCCGAAGCUCUGCAGUCACACGCGCAGGCAAUCGUUCGACUCGAGAAGGCUCUGACGCCGAAAGCUCGUCGUGAUAAGUUUCUCCAGCUUCUUGCUGUGGCCAAGUCGAAGCCGAAGGCGAGUGCAAAGAGCACCCGUGAACGGCAAUAUGCCGUGGAAAAGGAGAAGGUGGUGGAGGAGAAUGAUACUCUGACGACGGCUCGAGCGACUCGAAGGCAGAAUAUUAUACUGGGCGUGGCCGAGAAGAUGAGGCGACUGUCGAUCGUGACCAAGCCUCGGCCCGAGCCUACACCAGGAUUGAACCUCAACCAAGGUCGUGUUGUGCCUGUAACUGAUGCUACAGAUGCACCUGAGCCGGAAGUUCCCGUACUAAAGAAGAUGCCUCCGUCGCCGUCACGAAUUGCGAUCCAUGAACUGGCACGAGAUGUAGUUGCCCUAAACGUGGCAAUGAAGAAGCCUGUGCUUGGAGUUCUGGAAGAUGGCGUUCGCUACGAAGUGCCAAAGAAGUCGAACAGAGGACAAGGGCAGAAGGACGAGAUGCUCAAUCAGCAGUUGGCCCAAGCGCAGCAAAAUCGGCAGCAACAACAGCAGCUCGCAGACCUUCAGGCUCAAGUGGAGCAACUCACUGCUGUCAUGACGAACCUCCAAGCCUCCAUCCUUGCGAACAAGAUUCGAGGACCGCCGAUACCAAAGUACUGA